GUCGCAUACUCAUUCUGUGGAAACUGCUCAGUACGCGACGAGGCUCGCUCGAAUGAUGAUGAAGUGCGCGAUAUUCGUGUUAUUUUUCGGCGCGUGUUACUGUGAUGUGGAUUUUUACGAGCGACCACGGAAUUUUAGCAUUGAACUUCUUUACCACACGCAGUUGCAAACCGGCGGCCAUGUUGUGAUAUCUCCAUUCGGAAUUUGGACUCUAAUGACUGGAAUCGCUUUGGGUGCCACCGGUAACAGUUACAAACAACUUAGCCGUGCGUUCAUACUGCCGAAAAACCCAGACACGUUAACAGAAGGUUACAAAAGUUUAACCAACGUCGUACUCGAUCCUUCGUCGAACGCCGUGGCUCUGACCAGCAAGAACUUUGUGUUCCUGGACAAUGAUUUCAACGUGUAUCCAGACUUUAGGCUACGGCUUCAAAAAGACUUCAGUGCUGCUAUCAAAGUGCUUGAUUUCGGCGAUCCGAACUCAGCAAGGAUUGCUAAUACGUACAUAGAAAAAUCUGGCGGCCGAGUCUCGAACGUACUCCAAUCAGACGACUUCCAAGAAUCGAGGAUGCUGUUGACCAACGUGAUAUCAUUUAAAGGGCUUUGGGCGACACCUUUCAACAAAUCCGACACGGUUUUAGAACCAUUUUAUAACGAAAAUAAAGAAGUUAUAGGGAGUGUUAACAUGAUGUAUCAGAAGGCACAGAUUCCCUUCUCAAACAUACGUGACUUGAAGGCGUUUGCCAUUGAAUUGCCUUACGGAGAUACAAAGAAAUAUUCAAUGUUAAUUUUCCUUCCUCAUCCCAAUACGAAAAUCGACGACAUGUACAAAAACCUAGCUGUAAUAAGCUUGAAGGACGUCUUCAAGAAGUUGCAAACGGAUGCAGAAUACUUCGGUUUAGAAGACAUAGAUGUGAAAAUUCCGAGGUUCCACAUCAGUACCAAUUUGGUGCUAAACAAACCGCUGAACGAUAUGGGGGUGUACGAUAUAUUCCAGCCUGAUUUAGCCAGUUUCCAACGAGUUUCUAAGGAUAAUAUCUUCGUAUCCGCUAUUGUGCACAAAGCUGAUAUAGAAGUUACCGAGGCUGGUACUGUGGCGUCAGCGGCGACCACAGCGAGCUUCGCAGACAGGAUUUCGACCCCCUCCUUCCAUGCUAACAGACCUUUCCUGUACUUCAUCAUGGAAAAAACUACUUACUCUGUGAUAUUUAGUGGCAUUUACUCUAAACCCACUGUGUACUGAUUAUUUUUAAGACGCAGUUUAGCAAAAAGGUCAACACUAAUAUUGUUCGAUAAUUCGAAAAUCAAAUUUAAAUUUGGACAACUUGUUUGAUUUAGUGCGGUUGGUAUUUUUUUUAAUGGAGACCGGGGUGUCUUGAACAGUCAUCCGUGAUACAUAUUAUCACGUUUAUAACUAUUUCGAGUUAAUGAUCGUGUCUUGAAUAUUUUUUGUUGAACUACAUCAAUAUGUCGUCAUAAUUUUCCUAUAGGUUCUAUAACAGCACUUCAUAUUUAUAAUGUGUUUCGAUGAGUAAAGAUCUUAAGUCUUAUUUAUACAUAACUAUGUUUUAUAUUUAUCUCUCUACAGUUUUAGUAGGAGGAAAACAUUUGUAUUUUUUUAAAGACAUUAAAAACCUAUUAAAUACCUAUUGGCGGUAAAAA